CAAUCCCUUUCCCAAGUUAUUGAACAUUUUUGCAAAGUUUUCUAAAUAAAUUGAAAAAGGUGAGGAAAAAGGCAAUGGUGCCUAGCAAUGGAAACUGUAUUUCUCUCAUUCUAAUUAUCUUCAUUGCAACUCUUACACUCUCAUCGUUCUCCGUUGCCCAAGACAAGCCAGAGGACUUUCUGGCGGCCCACAACAAGGUCAGAGCCGCAGACGGUGUUGGCCCUUUAAAAUGGAGCCCUACAUUGGCGCUUUACGCAAGCUCAUAUGCUAAUGAACUUGCAGCUGGGGGAUGCAACAACAUUCAUCACUCCGACGGGCCUUUUGGGGAGAAUUUGGCGUAUAGCGAAGGUGAUCUUUCUGGGGUCAAGGCGGUGGAGCUAUGGGCCGACGAGAAGGCAAAUUACGACUACAAAUCCAAUACUUGUGCUGCCGGAAAAAUUUGUGGCCAUUACACUCAGGUGGUGUGGAAAGACACGCUUGAGGUCGGGUGCGCCAAGGUGAAGUGCCCCGGUGGUGGUACUUUGAUUAGUUGCAAUUAUGAUCCUACAGGAAAUUACGAAGGCGAGAGGCCCUUUUAAAGAAAAAGAAUGUGAUGACAUAUAUUUCUAACGUUGCAAAUAUGUUAUUGUCUUACAUACUUUAUCUGUUUUUUUUUUUUUACAAUCAAGUAUGUAAGCCUUGGGGUUUCACCUGAAUAGGCCUCUACGACAAAACCCAUAUUCAUUCAACCAAUGCAAGGCAGUGGCAGACCCAGAAUUGUCGGAGAGGUGUGUCGCCGAUAAAAUAAUAUAAUAAUUUAAAAAUUAAUAAAAAUUACUAUAACUUAAUUCAUAAAGUUCAUGUUUACUAGAAAUAUCUAUAAAUACAUUCAUUGCUU